AACUCAAGGAGGAGUGUUGAAAGAAAGAAACCCUCUCUGGCCCUUGGAGGACACAGGAAGUGCACUGGCGCGGAGUCGAGUGUGAACUCCGUCUGAAAGGGAACGCCAGGAUUGACAAAUCUUUCCGGUGGUGGCCAGUGACGGGGUGCGGGCCAUGAUGGAGUCAGCUCUGACAGCCAGAGACCGGGUGGGCGUCCAGGACUUUGUCCUGCUGGAGAACUACACCAGCGAGGCGGCCUUCAUAGAGAACCUGCGGAAGCGCUCCAAGGAGAAUCUCAUCUAUACCUACAUUGGGUCAGUGCUGGUGUCAGUCAACCCUUACAAAGACCUGGAGAUCUACACCAAGAACCACAUGGAGCGGUACCGUGGAGUCAACUUCUACGAGGUCUCCCCCCACAUCUACGCGGUGGCAGACAACGCGUACCGUUCCAUGAGGACCGAGAGGAAGGACCAGUGCAUUCUGAUCUCAGGUGAGAGUGGUGCAGGGAAGACGGAGGCGUCCAAGAAGAUCCUGCAGUACUACGCAGUCACCUGUCCAGCCAGUGAGCAUGUGCAAACCAUCAAAGAUCGCCUGCUGCAGUCCAACCCUGUUCUGGAGGCCUUUGGCAAUGCUAAGACGUUGCGUAAUGACAACUCAAGCAGAUUUGGCAAGUACAUGGAUAUUCAGUUUGACUUCAAGGGAGCUCCUGUGGGAGGCCACAUCAUCAACUACUUGCUAGAGAAGUCUCGGGUUGUUCAUCAGAACCAUGGGGAGAGGAACUUCCACAUCUUCUACCAGAUAAUUGAGGGAGGAGAGGAGGAUCUGCUGAGACACCUGGGCCUAGAGAGGAACCCUCAGCAAUACCAGUACCUGGUCAAGGGCAACUGUCCCAAAGUGAGCUCCAUUAACGACCGCAGCGACUGGAAGGUGGUGAGGAAAGCCCUGACUGUGAUUGGCUUCAGCGAGAACGAGGUGGAGGAGCUGCUGAACAUAAUUGCCAGUGUGCUUCACCUGGGUAAUGUGCAGUACAGAGAGGAAGAAGGCAACGCCUGCAUCACGUCAGACACACAGAUCAAGUAUCUGGCCAGGUUGUUGGGAGUGAAUGGAUCGGCUCUGACAGAGGCUCUCACACACAGAAAGAUCAUAGCCAAGGGGGAAGAGCUUGUGAGCCCACUAAACGUGGAGCAGGCCUCUUCAGCUCGAGAUGCUUUGUCCAAGGCGGUUUAUGGACGCACCUUCACCUGGCUGGUCAACAAGAUCAACACGUCUCUGGCCUACAUGCAGGAUGAAUCCUACAAGAACUGCUCAGUCAUCGGCCUGCUGGACAUUUAUGGUUUUGAGGUCUUCCAGCACAACAGCUUUGAGCAGUUCUGCAUCAACUACUGCAACGAGAAGCUGCAGCAGCUCUUCAUCGAGCUCACACUCAAGUCAGAGCAGGAGGAGUAUGAGGCUGAAGGCAUCACGUGGGAACCAGUCCAGUACUUCAACAACAAGAUCAUCUGUGACCUGGUAGAGGAGAAAUUUAAAGGCAUCAUCUCCAUCCUGGAUGAGGAGUGUCUGAGACCCGGCGAUGCCAGUGACCUUACCUUCCUGGAGAAGCUGGAGGACACAGUGGGAGGACACCCUCACUUCAUCACCCACAAGCUCGCUGAUGGAAAGACCCGGAAGGUAAUGGGUCGAGAGGAGUUCCGACUGCUGCACUAUGCUGGAGAGGUCAACUACAACGUUAACGGAUUUUUGGACAAGAACAACGACCUUCUGUUCAGGAACCUAAAGGAGGUUAUGUGUAUGUCUGAGAACAAGAUCCUGACCCAGUGCUUUGACCGAGAAGAGCUGAGUGACAAGAAACGUCCUGACACGGCAGCCACACAGUUCAAAGCCAGUCUGGUGAAGCUCAUGGAGAUCCUGAUGUCUAAGGAGCCGUCAUACAUCCGCUGCAUCAAGCCCAACGACUCCAAACAUUCAGGUCGGUUUGAUGAGGUGUUGAUCCGUCACCAGGUCAAGUACCUGGGUCUGAUGGAGAAUCUCAGAGUGAGGAGAGCCGGCUUUGCUUACAGACGGCGCUACGAGAUCUUCCUACAGAGGUAUAAGUCUCUGUGCCCAGACACGUGGCCCAACUGGGAGGGGAAGCUGGUUGAUGGAGUGUCCACGCUGGUCAAACAUCUGGGAUACAAGCCUGAGGAGUACAAACUGGGCAGAUCCAAAAUCUUUAUUCGCUUCCCAAAAACCUUGUUUGCCACCGAGGAUGCCCUGGAGACCAGGAAACACAGCCUUGCCACUAAGUUACAGGCUGGGUGGAGAGGAUACAGUCACUGGAACAAGUACCAGAAACUCAGAACCUCGGCCAUUGCAAUCCAGGCUUGGUGGAGGGGUAUCCUGGCCAGGAGGAGAGCCCAACGCAGGAGGAAGGCUGCCGACACAAUACGCAGGUUCAUCAGAGGCUUCAUUUACCGCCACGAGGAGCGCUGUCCAGAGAAUGAAUAUUUUCUGGAUUAUGUGCGCUACUCGUUCCUCAUGAGUCUGCACAAGAACCUGCCCAAGAGCGUCCUGGACAAGAGCUGGCCGACACCUCCCGCUGCUCUAACAGAGGCAUCAGAGCGUUUGCGGAGGAUGUGCAUGCAGAACAUGGUGUGGAGCUACUGCAAGAAGAUCAGCCCCGAGUGGAAACAUCAGAUGGAGCAGAAAAUGGUAGCCAGUGAGAUCUUCAAGGACAAGAAGGACAACUACCUUCAGAGCGUCCCCAAGCUGUUCGUCAACACGCGGCUCGACGGAGAGGACAUCAACCCCAAGGUGGUGCAGGCUCUGGGCAGUGAGAAGAUGAAGUACGCAGUCCCAGUCACCAAGUACGACAGAAAGGGCUACAAGCCUCGCUCCCGCCAGCUGCUGCUCACUUCCAACAGCGCCAUCAUCGCUGAAGAAGGAAAACUCAAACAAUGCAUCGACUACGGAGCUCUGAAAGGCGUCUCAGUCAGCUCUCUGAGUGACGGCCUGUUUGUUCUGCACGUGCCCGCCGACGACAACAAACAGAAGGGAGACGUGGUUCUGCAGAGCGAGCACGUGAUCGAGACCCUGACCAAGAUCGCCAUCUGCGCCGACAAAAUAAACAGCAUCAACAUCAACCAGGGCAGUAUAAAGUUCAUGGGGGGUAAUGGGAAGGAAGGGAUCAUAGACUUCACGCUCGGAUCACAGCUGCUGGUGGCGAAGGCGAAGAACGGACACUUGUCUGUGACGGCUCCCAGACUGAACUCCAGAUGAUGUCCACUCCAACCAGAACACAUCAGGAAGGCCUGACACCCCCCACCCCACCCUCCACCAAUCACGUGAACAGACACAUGCUCUGUCUCAGCCAAUCAGAAGCCAUCUUUCUUCACAUGGCUGCUUACAACAAAAAUGGGCCCAUCCUCCCAUCCCCUAAGAGGAGAAAAAGAGCGACUUCAACUAACUCAUAUUUAUGUUUAUAUAUUUUUUAUUAUUAAUUUUGUUGCUUUUUGAUUAUUCAGAUUUUUUUUUAUUUGAGGCCAAAGUAUAACAAACGUGGUGCGUUUUCCUGCACAUGUCUGCUUAUUGUGCCUCAGAGCAGUAAAAUAAUGAGGGAGACACCGAAUCAAAGGAGAAGGAGUUGUUGUAGAUCUUGUUUGCUUCUUCAUUCUAAAUAAUAAUUAUAUAAACGUUCCUCCUGACACUACCGAGGAAAAUGGUCGUCAUUGAUGCAUGCCAGCAUGAUGGGCAGCUAAGGCAUGAAGCGAAUGUGCGUGUGUGUGUGUGUGUGUGUGUGUGUGCGUGCGUGUGUGCGUGCGUGUGUGUGUGUGUGUGUGUGUGUGUGUGUGUGUGUGUGUGUGUGUGUGUGUGUGUGUGUGUGUGGAGGAGUGAUACUACAUCACAACCACAGCUGCCUUCUACCUUGAUGCCUGAAGUAGUCCAGAAUCAGCUGAUCCAGAACCAGCUGUCUCUAGAUUAUGAGCCCUGCUCCACCAGCUGAUCCAGAACCAGCUGUCUCUAGAUUAUGAGCCCUGCUCCACCAGCUGAUCCAGAACCAGCUGUCUCUAGAUUAUGAGCCCUGCUCCACCAGCUGAUCCAGAACCAGCUGUCUCUAGAUUAUGAGCCCUGCUCCACCAGCUGAUCCAGAACCAGCUGUCUCUAGAUUAUGAGCCCUGCUCCACCAGCUGAUCCAGAACCAGCUUCUGCCGGAAGAGCUCUGACCUGGUCUGACCUGCAUCAGAGCAUCGAGCAGCAGCAUUACACUUCUCCGUUCUGUUCUUAUUUCCAUUGCAUCAGAUGAAGUCCUGUCCUUCAGACCUUACCAACCUUUCCUCAGCCCACCUACCAAACACCCUGAUGAUUCAUUCUGAUUCUGUGUUGUUUUAUGCCUUUGAUCAAUUAAAAAUGUUUUAUUUUAAAAGGAUGGAAGGGGCUAUAAUACUUGUAUAAUUCUCAUUCCACGUUAUAAAUAAGUCAGGGAAGAGGGGAAACAGAUUAGAAUAUUGUUUACUGGGAAACAUUGUGUGCCUUAUUUGGAACAGUGACACAAGAGCAAGCUGGGACUAUAGGAAGUUCCCCUGAACACAGCUUUAUUCAGAUGUUUUCAGAUACACUCCUGUUUUCAGUCACAACUUACUGUACACACAGAACCAACGUAUAAUUAUGCUAACACAAUAAAAAGAUGCUAAUAAUUUGCAAAAAGAUGAAUUAAAAUGAUAAUAAAAGCUUUUAAAUGGG